CGCUUGCGUACCCCAACGUCCUACGUCACAGUGUAGUUCUUCCUGCCUCUACCAAGCACCAGCCUGGCUGCCCUUCCUCCUCCCAUGACUCCGUUAGACGCUCAUAGUUACGCGAAUGGUGCUGGAGUAGAGGACGCGGCAGCCGGCGGGAGUGGGCAAAGCAACUAAAUGGCAGCAGACAUGUCGAUGAGAAGAAAGGCCGGUGUCAAGAUGAAGGACUGGGAGAAUAUUUUUUCUCAAAGUCACAUAAUACCACCACACAAGCAAAGAUGUAAACAUGCUCCGUCUGAGAAAGCAGGAUAUCAGAUCUGCAUAGAAACGCUGGAGGGAACCCCAUUUAGACAGGGUGUUUUAGAGAGAAGCGUGGAAGUAAGCUGCCAACUGAGGAUGACCCUCUUUGAUAGCACCUAUCAUCAUUUCUUUGGAAGGACUUGGAAAAGUUCCACAAAACCCAUAAAAGCAAUUCCAGGAAAAGCCUCAAAGAUUCUUUUUAACGAGCCAAUCUACUUUUAUACAACACUAAUUGACCCCAGCAUUAUGGCUGUCAUCGAGGUUGUUGCACUUUCAAAAAAGCAAGGUGGAUCCAAGCAACAACUCUCAUGUGGCUUUGGAAUAAUGAGUUUGUUUAGCCAUCAGCUGGAAGAUGAUUCAAGCAUUCAGAGCGGAAGGUUAAAACUUUAUUAUGGAACACCUCGAAGUCUUUUGCAUCCAACUCUGAAAGAUCCAAAUGAAUUAAACCAACAUAUGACAUUAAUUGAAAACACCAGUAUUCAAUACUCCGUGCGACCACACAAAGUCUUACCGACAGUUGCCCACUUGUUCCCAGAAAAUGUGCUCGUUUCAGGCUCAGAGACAAUCCCAGGGAUUAUGCCAUCAUGUGAUGAUUCAGGUGAUGCUUUAAAAAAACCUCAUGUGCAGAAGACUGUUAUUUGCUACUUAGAUCAGAUCUGUUUGUUUCUCUAUCCUACACUGGAGAAGUUUGAGGAGGAGCUGACAAUGCUGGUUAACAGUGACUGGCUACCUAAGGAUGAUGGCAACAUCAAUGGAGGCUCUGUGUCAAUUCAGGAACGAAGACUGCAUAUCGGUGUUCACAAUGGCUGGGUGUUUGUGCAAAAGCCUCAGAUUGUUGUUGUAGUCCCAGAGGCUGAAAUGAUGAGAGGACAUUCCACAACCAGUUUAAAAAAGAAAAACAUUGCCCAACAAAAAUUAAGCUCCACAGUGCAAGCACUAGUCCUGAGGAGUCGUAUACGGCUGCCUGAAAUGGUUAACCACCAUGGCUUUGCACUUGUCUUUCUGCUUGAGUAUGUCUUUUCUAUCCCCAAUGGAAUCCACAGCAAGACUCCUUCAGCGGCAUCUAGUACAUCUUAUAUGCAUAUGAUUCGCUGGGCAUCUUGGACCCCUUCUAUGGAACAAGGUAGUGCCGAUGUGGCCUUACCCCUUCAAGGAGGACCUCAUCAUAACCCCAGCAACAAUUUCGUAUACAAGAUGCCUCCAGCUAACAUGAGCUCAGAAGAGGUGCAACAGGUGGAAUCUGGGACAGUGCAUUUUACCUUCUGUGCUGGGUCAGAGAAUCAACUGGAAAAGACCAGAGACUUCGCAGAAACUACAAGUAAAGAGCUCAUCCAGUCUAAGAAAAAUGUAAAGAUGUCAAAUUCAAAGCUGGUGCCAGAGACAACUUUCUCUCCUUUAGAGUCUCAAGUUGGACCUGCAUUGUCGAUAUCCCAGCUGACGACAUCUCCUCGUUAUCCAGCAAUAAGCCAUUCUUCUAAAACAGCAAUGCAGUACAUCCCGAGUCAACUCCUUCCUUCACCGAUGGCCUACCAGCUUUCUCAUGCUGAGCUUCCAUAUGCAAGCAGUAUUACUCAUCUUGAAGCCGAUAUGAGUGAAAGUCAUCCAAACAAUUCUAAUGGGGAACAUUUGCAAGAGCUUCUUUUUUCUCCAGUUCAUGCUCCUAUUGUUGCGAUGGGGACUCAGACUGGGAGCACCACUUCUCUUCUGUCUCGAGCUUCUUUGGCACGUCUUCACUCUGUUGAGUUCCCUGAAAUAUUGGACUGUAAUAAUGAAGUUGCAGAAGUGGUUGAUCCAUCAAACCCAGUAAACUUUAAUCUACAGCGGGAAGAAGCCGAUUAUCUACUAUGUAAUGAAAUUGUUUUGCAGUUCCUUGCUUUUACCAGGAUUCACGAUGGCAGCACAAUAUGGCCUGAAAGCAUUUUCUUCACCUUUCAGUUUUAUCGUUUUCAUCAUGUAACUACUCCCCGAUUACAACUCUUACAGCUAGAAUCUUCAGAUAUUGCAACUGCUGAUCCGCUCACUCAUGUUUUAGUACAAAUUAACAAGGAUGGCUCCAUUAAGAAAGGUUCUCCCGGUUUUCAAAUCAAGUACAGCGUUGAUCCUGGAUUUCUAAAGCCAGGUGAACGCAAAUGGUUUUUACGUUUUUUGGCUCUUCAGACGUUGCAAAUUGACAUUUGGGAUGGAGAAUCCCUGCUUCUAAUUGGAUCAGCUGCUGUGGAAAUGAAGCAUUUACUGCGCCAGGGGCGAACGGCAGUGCAAGUGUCUCAUGAGCUUGAAGUGAUAACUACUGAAUAUGAGCAAGACCUUAUGGUGAUGAGUGGAGAUACUGCCAAACAAGGCACAGCUAAACCCAUUGGCGUCCAUACAAUUAUAAAAGGCAGACUUCACAUGCGCAUGGGGAAUGUUGGACGUCCCCCUGAGAAAAAGUUGAAAAGACGUGAAACUCUUCCUCCCUCAAACUCUCGCAUCAUUACUAUGCAUGAUGGUAGAACUGGUUUCCAUGGAGGCAGCAUGCUUUCAAACAAGUCAAUGAAUUGGAAGCAAAGUGUUUGCCAAGCUCACAAGUUGGCUGACUUGGAUAGUGAACUGGCAGCAAUGUUAUGCAGUCGGAUGAAAGAGGUUAGCAUUGCAUAUCAGCAAACAAGCAGUGAGACAGACACAACAGAACGACGGAAAAAGGAGAGGAUGAUGGCAGUGAGACAGCAGGAGUCGCAGGAGAAUGCAAAUUUAAGAAAAUCACUUAUUAUGGCUCAACAUGAGGAGCGUACUCAGCACACAAGAGAUUUGCAGAUCAUUGAAGCAUACAGAGAACGCACCAAGCCAGAGUGUAUCUCUAGUAUGCUGAAUCAGGCCAUUACCUCAAAUUACACUGUCUAUGCUACACUGGGCACUGCAGAGUUCUUUGAAUUUGAACUUAAAAAUCCCUACAAUAUCCAAUACACUGUGACUAUUGAGAUUGAUAGCACUGAUCUGAGGGUUAUCACUGAUACCCGGGAAUGGAAGCAUUUUAAGGAGCUUACCAGUACAGUAACACCUAUAGAGGAAAAUAUGUUUCAUGUCCAGCCAAAUACUGUUAUUCCUCAGCUAUAUCUGCGGGCCAAAGAGACAGUUUAUAUCCCAUUCAAAUACCAGACUUUUUGUGUAGACCAUACACCCAUGCUGCAGGGACCUGAUGCAGAAUCAUUACGGAAACAUUCACAGUUAUCACAGUACAAGUCAAAUGCAAUGUCUUCCCGACGGAUUAUGGUUUCUUUCAAGACAUCAGAUGGAAAACUCAUUGCUAUUCUCCAAGUGAACAUUGAACCUCAGCCGCAUGUUGUUGAUCAGACAUUUCGAUUUUAUCACCCAGAACUGACAUUUCUGAAAAAAUCCAUUCGUUUGCCUCCAUGGUACACACUUCCAGGUGCUCCAGUUGGCACGCCAGGUGGAGAACCUGAUCUUCAAGUGCGCUGUAGUGACAUCAAUAUUAUCUGUGAUUCCAAAAAAAUGGGUCCAGGAGAGCCUCAGGAUGUGUUUAUAAAAGUUGCUGGAGGACCCAGUCCACAAAUCAAAAGAUUCUUCAUUGCACUCUACAUAGAUCCUUGGCUUGCAGCUCCUAUUCAGAUCUGGCAAAUUUAUGUGCAUUCACUAAAGAGAGUAGAUGUUAGUUGCAUAACUGGCCAACUGACCCAGCUCUCUCUUGUCCUUCGAGGAACUCAAGUUGUCCGGAAAGUCAGAGCUUACAGUUCACAUCCAGAGGAACUAAAGGUUGAUCCAGACGGUGUAUUUGUGCUUCCUCCAAAUGGAAUACAAGAUCUUCACAUUGGUGUGCGCCCUCAGAAAGCAGGCAGCAAAUUUAUUUACCUCAAUUUAGUAGAUGUGGAUCAGCACCAACUUGUAGCAUCAUGGCUGGUUUGUGUGUCUUGCAGGAAGCCUGUCAUUUCCAAGGCAUUUGAAAUUGCACUUCCGGUUGGUGGAGAAAAAGGUUGUAACAAAAAAAUUUCAUACAGAAACCCAUAUCCAACAAAGAAAACAUACUCGUUGUACACAAACAGAAGUGAUCUUCUGCAAUUCAAAGAGAAUUAUUUUGAGGUCGCUGCUGGAGAAACCUACAGUAUCGGCUUGCGUUUUGCACCCAGUCAGACCAGAGGCCAGGAAGAAAUACUGAUCUUCAUCAAUGACCGAGAAGACAAAAACGAGGAGACGUUCUGUGUAAAAGUCAGAUACGAGUAGUUUAUAUUGAGACCUGUUACACUAAGUUAUCUGCUGUAGGUGCCGGAUAUAGUUCCCUGACACUGCUUCCCUUUGAGAUCUAUGGGAAAUUCACUUAGACCUUUGCUUUGAAAUGCUCAGUGGGUCAUUUAUCAACACUGGACAAAUUUGCCCAUGGCAGUAACCCAUGGCAACCAAUUGGAUUGCUGCAUUCAUUGUUCCACUUGCAGCUGGUUUCAAAAAGCUAAUCACUGAUUGGCUGCUAUAGGUAACUGCCCAUGGGCAAAUUUGCCCAGUGAUGAUAAAUGAGCUCCUGGUGUUUGAGUGGAGGUUUUGCCUGUCUGUCACCGCUAUGUUGUGCCUCUUGUUCUGUGUGCCUUUAGCCCGAUAACUUAGCUGGAAGGAUUUAUGCAUUCCAAUAGGUUCACUGUAAACAAAUAGAGUUCAUGUGCUAAAGGACCAGUAACAUCAAACAAUUACAUUGUUUUAAAAUAAUAAAAAUAUAAUGCAGUGUUGCCCUGCACUGGUAAAACUGCUGUGUUUGCUUCAAAAACAUUACUAUUGUUUAUAUAAAUAAGCUGCUGUGUAGCCAUGAGGGCAGCCAUUCAAAGGAGAAAAGGCUCAGGUUACACAGCAGAUAAGCUCUGUAGAACAUAAUGGUGUUAUCUGUUAUCCACUAUUUAGGGUAGGACUACCAUUUUUUGUUAUUACUGUUCCUUUAAAGAAAUAUAUUUUUAUGAAAUAAAACGUCACUUUUAGGGAAAUGAUACACUU